AUGGCACAUCAGAAUCCACGACCUCGACCUCGUGUUAGGCAACCUGCAGCACAAAGGAUUUAUAGGAAUUCGCAAAUUCGAUAUGCUCCCGGUGCAGGUGGAGAAACAGAGAUCAGCUGUUGCGUGAAGUAUUCUGUUUUUGGCUUCAAUGUACUAUUCUUUUUAAUCGGGUUCGCAUUACUAUUGAUCGGUGUAUGGGCACAGAUCGAGAAGAAUAAUAUCUACAGUCAUUUAAAUAAGGUGGCUUCUCCGGAAGCUGGUGGUGUGCCAUUUUCCUGUUGUCUCAACAGCAGUCAACUGACCUUCAAGAAUUUUUACUGUGGUCAUGGAGUACGAUUAAAGGUAUGCUUGCUCAACGUGGUUACUCUGCGGGUGCUUGCUUCCGAGCACGCGCAAAGCUCUCUGAAUACUAUCUACACGGAUGGUUGUUUGCCGAAGCUGCAACUUUGGUUGAAUAACAACGUUUUUCUAGUCGGCAUUGUGCUUAUAAUAGUCGCUGUGAUUCAGGUGGUCGGAUACCGGGAUGAUCCGGAUCUGCAAGUAUUGAUCGACACGAUGCAGGAGUCUUGGCACUGUUGUGGAAUAAAUGGUGCUGACGAUUGGGAUCGAAAUACGUACUUUUCCAUUGCAGCACGAGAGAUCCUUGGCAUUUGUUUCGCUCAGAAUCUCAAGAGCGACAUCUUCGCCCAGCGUGCCAAAUGGUACUACACACAUUGA